UAUUCUGGGUUUACUCUAAAUGCACAUUUGAUUCAUUCUCGUCUUUUGCAUGCAAUAAAUAAAUUAUUCUUUUUUUUCCCUCAAUCCUUUAACAUGUUUUUCAAUUUUUUUUUUCUAGUAAUUCCCCUCUUUUUUUAUUUUAGGGAGGAGAGUGCAAUAAAAAAAAGAACACAUAAAACACCCCAUUUCAAUCAUCAAACCAUUCAUUCACAAAUAAUGGACAGAAAGGCGGGUCCAUAUUCAGAUUUUGCUUCCGUUGAUGACGAUCCUUUAACUGACCCUAUAAUGGAUGAGGAAGCAAAAAAGGUUGAAAUUGAGUUAGCAAGACAUAUGCAAAAACAUAAUAUUAAAUCUGAAAAUGAGGAUGGUGAUGAGGGGGAAAAUGCUAGAUUGAGAAAUAAAAGAGAAUCUACCGAUUCAGGAGACUACCAGAAUCUCUCCUUUGGACCUUCCGGGCAUGUGAUAAGUUCUCCAUAUGAGCUUUCUCACUACCCAAUCGAGAUUUUGGAAUGUAAAAAUGCUCUACAAAAGCAAAUUUCAAGCAGACUGUCAGAAGCUUCUUCUGUUCCUUCAAAUAAAACAACAAUUUCUACAAGCCGUUCAUUAAUUCAAGGAAUAAAUAAAGACAGAGCAUCUUCUUCACUUGGACAUCAUCAACAACAACAACCUUUAAUCUUUGAAAAUAGCAGCAACAUUUCUGGGAAUGCUACAUUUUCUGCAGGUGGAGGUGGAUUACAAAAUAGACGCUUAUCUUUACAACAACCAUAUAAUAAAGGAAGACUUGAAUCAAUUCGAGAGCAACAAGCAGUUGGGACUUCAGGCGCUGUUAGCCCGGAAGAUAGAAUAAUGCUUAGCCAAUGCAGUAAUAGUAUAGGGUUAUCUCCAACAUCGCCAAGUGGGGGUGGAAGGCUUUCAGCUAUUUCUCCUUCUGCAUUUGCUUUUGCUAUGGGGAGUGAUAAGCUUGAUGACAUUGACAGAGAAUUAUGUUUACCACAGCAUGUUGAAAUGCAUUCAUUUCGUGAUGCUAUAGAUGUUAAUUAUCAACGAAUGGUUCCUUUGGAAGAUUUGCGUAGUGCAGCUCGUCAAUUAGUUGAAGCUUUACGUUUGCGUAGUGAAUAUAUGGAAUUAGUUGGUGGAGUUUUCCCUAGCACUACAAGAAAUUUUUUGAUUGGAAAAUAUCCUUCUAAUCUUCCCAAAUGUAGACGAAAAAACACUGAAACUUGUGAGUUUUUUGAGGAAAUUUUAAAAAAGUUUUUGCUUCUUUUUUAA